CUAGAGUGGGGGAUCCAGGAGGCUGAGAUUAGCCUGUUGGCCUUGGACAGAAGCUCCAGGACAGAAGGGGGGGGUGGGCUGACCACCCAGACCCCCUCUGGGCCCAGGCCCCAUGCCCCGAGGAGGGGCAGCCUGAAGCCCGUCAGAGCCUCCUGCCAGACUGUCUGCCUACCCUUCUGACUGUGGCUGCUUGGCAUGGCCAGCAACAGCAGCUCCUGCCCAACACCUGGGGGAGGGCACCUCAAUGGGUACCCGGUGCCCCCCUACGCCUUCUUCUUCCCGCCAAUGCUGGGUGGACUUUCUCCGCCAGGCGCCCUGACCACUCUCCAGCACCAGCUUCCAGUCAGCGGCUAUAGCACACCAUCCCCAGCCACUGUGAGGAACGACAGAAACAAGAAGAAGAAGGAGGCGCCCAAGCCUGAGUGCUCGGAGAGCUACACGCUGACGCCCGAGGUUGGGGAGCUCAUCGAGAAGGUGCGCAAAGCGCACCAGGAGACCUUCCCCGCCCUCUGCCAGCUGGGCAAAUACACUACGAACAACAGCUCAGAGCAACGUGUCUCUCUGGACAUUGACCUCUGGGACAAGUUCAGUGAACUCUCCACCAAGUGCAUCAUUAAGACUGUGGAGUUCGCCAAGCAACUGCCCGGCUUUACCACCCUCACCAUUGCCGACCAGAUCACCCUCCUCAAGGCUGCCUGCCUGGACAUCCUGAUCCUGCGGAUCUGCACGCGGUACACGCCCGAGCAGGACACAAUGACCUUCUCAGAUGGGCUGACCCUGAACCGGACCCAGAUGCACAAUGCUGGCUUCGGCCCCCUCACGGAUCUGGUCUUCGCAUUUGCCAACCAGCUGCUGCCCCUGGAGAUGGAUGAUGCUGAGACUGGUCUUCUCAGUGCCAUCUGUCUUAUCUGUGGAGACCGGCAGGACCUGGAGCAGCCAGACAGGGUGGACAUGCUUCAGGAGCCGCUGCUGGAGGCGCUGAAGGUCUAUGUGCGGAAACGGAGGCCCAGCCGCCCCCACAUGUUCCCCAAGAUGCUGAUGAAGAUCACGGACCUGCGAAGCAUCAGUGCUAAGGGGGCUGAGCGGGUGAUCACGCUGAAGAUGGAGAUCCCGGGCUCCAUGCCACCUCUCAUCCAGGAAAUGCUAGAGAACUCCGAGGGCCUGGACACUCUGAGCGGACAGCCAGGGAGCGGGGGGCGGGAUGGGGGCGGCCUGGCCCCCGCCCCCGGUAGCUGUAGCCCCAGCCUCAGCCCCAGCUCAAACAGAAGCAGCCCGGCCGCCCACUCCCCGUGACCGCCCGUGCCCCGUGGACACAGCCCUCACCCCACGCCCUGGCUUUUCUCUGCCUUUCUACCAACCAUGCGACCCCCACCAGCCCUGCCCCCCACCUGUCCUCCCUUUCCUGGGGGACAGGAGGGAGGAGGCGGCGACUCUUCAGAUGGAGGCCCAGGUGCAGAUGGACUGCCUGCUCCUGCAGCCUGGGCUGAUGUCAGGGGCAAGGUCAUGAACUGAGUGAGGACCCCUGGUCCUGGGCCUCAGGAUGGAGCCUGGGGGCCUGGUGUUCAUCAAGACAGCCCUCUGCCCCCCUUGCCACAUCUUCAUCACCAGCAAACGCCAGGACCUGGCUCCCCCAUACUCAGAACCCGCAAGCCAUUGCCCCCCGGUCGGGAACCCCCCCCCCUGCCUAGGUUGGUGACAGAGGGGGUGGGCCAGGGGUGGGGGGUUCCCCCUGUACAUACCCUGCCAUACCAACCCCCAGGUAUUAAUUCUCGCUGGUUUUGUUUUUAUUUUAAUUUUUUUUUGGUUUUGAUUUUUUUAAUAAGAAUUUUCAUUUUAAGC